AUGCUCACUUUCCGAAAGGCGCUCAUUGUAGCCGCCAUUUUAAUAUCCCUUAUACUCUUCCUACGAUCCACCCAUCCCGCUUCCUCCCAGCCUUCCUCGCCGCUGGACGCAGCAGCCUACGACCCGAAUCCGAAUGAGAUCAUAAACGAGCACUCCGGUCAAGAGACGGACGCUGCACAACAACCACUGAGGCCUCCGGAACCACCACUCUCUGCGCCCUUACGCGAACGCUUGCACUAUCAUUUCCCUUAUAACUUGGAGGGCAAGUUUCCUGCGUAUAUUUGGCAGACAUGGAAAUAUGCUCCGGCUUCCAUUUGGUUCAGUGAAGACCUGCGGGGUCCAGAGGCAAGCUGGUCUGAGCUUCACCCUAGUUUCGUCCACCAGGUGGUCCCAGAUGAUACUCAAUAUCAUUUGGUAAAGUAUCUUUAUGGCUCCAUCCCCGAGGUGUUUGAAGCGUUCGACUCGCUACCCCUUCCUGUAUUAAAGGCCGACUUUUUCAGAUAUCUGGUGCUACUUGCGCGGGGCGGGAUAUACAGUGAUAUCGAUACAACCGCAUUGAAACCAGCUAGCGACUGGCUGCCGUCAAGCCUCGACCCGGCGAGCGUGGGAUUUGUGGUCGGGAUUGAGGCCGAUCCUGAUCGCCCUGAUUGGCAUGACUGGUAUUCCCGUCGGAUUCAGUUCUGCCAGUGGACUAUUCAAUCCAAACCCGGGCAUCCAAUCUUGGUGGACAUCGUGGCGUUCAUCACAGAGGAAGCGCUGCGCAUGAAGAAGGAGCAUAUUCUUAAAAAGGGUAAAAUGGAUAGGACUAUUGUUGAGUUCACGGGACCAGCCGCGUGGACUGAUACUAUCUUCCGAUAUUUCAAUGACCCCGAGUACUUCGAUAUCGACCCUGAAUCCACGCGCAACAUUACUUACGAAGACUUCACAAAUCAAGAUGGUUACCAGAAAGUUGGCGACGUUGUGGUUCUGCCUAUUACCAGCUUUAGUCCCGGUGUUAAUCAAAUGGGAGCAAAAGACGUUGAUGACCCAAUGGCGUUUGUCAAACACAGCUUUGGAGGAACAUGGAAAACCGACCCGUCUCUAUAA